AUGUCGGGACAUACAUUACUAUUUUGGAUUUUGUCUUUUACGUGGGAAGUUAACGCACAAUUCGGAACUGUAUCCAUAAGUUUAGACAUGCGGCGUUCUGAAAACGAAGCUAUUCAUUUUAAAGGACGAUGUCCACUUAAUACUUCGUGUGUGCCGAUUAGCUCCUGUCCUAUGUUAGAAGACUUGAUGGAUUUUGCCUGUUUCUCUUCUGAUAAAUACUUUCACCGUCUCAAUGAGUUGACUUGCGGUAAUAAUGACGACGAGGACUAUGUUUGCUGUCCGUCUUGUGAAUGCUCUCGUGUGUAUCCGGAGGGUACAGAGGAGUGCGGACGAAGUAUGGUUAAAGGCAAUGGCUACAAAGGCAUUGGGAUGCAUCCAUGGGUCGCAAGAAUUGGCUUUACGAACAAAGAUACGGGUAAUGUACGAUUUGCGUGUAGUGGUUCGAUUAUAGCCAAGAGGGUUAUCCUGACAGCAGCGCAUUGCGCUUUGGCCAAGCCUGAGGGUUAUAAAUUAUCUACUGUGGUAGUCGGAGAGUGGGAUACAAGCCGGAGUCCAGAUUGUAACGACUACUUCUGCGCUCCUGUCACGCAGGCCAUUAAGGUGGAUAACGUUAUAGUGCAUCCAGGCUAUGAGCAGAAAAUAUUUAGACAUGACAUCGCCCUAAUAGUUCUCAAGGACGAUAUAAAAUAUUCUGUGACAGCAGCGCCGAUUUGCCUCAACGAUAAGCCGGAAAUCGUGAUCAACGAUCGUUCCACGCUCGUCGGAUGGGGCAAAUUAUCUGGACAGAGUAACAUGGUUAAUCGGCAACAACAACUAGAAGUGCCAUUGGUACCCUUGGAAGCGUGUGAACGUAUCUUUGGCGAGUCAGUGCCAGUGCAUGAAGGGCAGCUGUGUGCGGGCGGCGAAGAGGGAAGAGAUGCUUGCUCUGGUUUUGGCGGAGCUCCGUUACUGAUAAACAAGGAUGGACAAUACAUGCAAAUCGGCAUCGUGUCUUUUGGCUCCGAGAACUGCGGCAGUGAAGGAGUUCCCAGCGUUUACACCAAUAUCGCUCAUUAUCAUCGUUGGAUCAUAGAAAACUCGCCAUCAUAA